ACAUGUUCCUAGCACUGACAGCUAGCCCCGCCUCCUCCACAGACAUGGCAGCGGUAGGGAGCGGGACACCGAUCCUCUGCUUAUUGAUCAUUUCUUUUUUCAUCCUGCUGGUGUCCACGAGUCAGCCAAUAGGUUUGAAAGAGAUUGCUUUCUGGGGCGGAAGGUUCAUCUUGAUUCUGGCCUUUGUUACAUUGGCCAUUAAUUAUUUGACUCCGUAUUUUUCCUCUUUUCGUCCAGCUAGUCAUUCCCAAACAGUGCCACAAGAUGAAAUCGACAGACAGCAAGAAAUUGUGAGAAAAUGUCAACAAGAUUCUUUAAACAAAAAGGCAAGGGAAUACUCUGAGGAUGUUUUAAAGCCACGUGAAGCUAAAAAACUUAAAAAGCAAGAGGAAACCUUUUAUAGGAUGACAGGCCAAACCUGGAAAUUAACUGAAGGUCAUGCACUUGGUCAGGAGGCAGAGGAGUCUGAAGAUAAUGUAGAUGGAGUGGAAACCGCAAAUGAAAAGGCUAUUAGGAAAAGAAAACUUCCAGAGCAUGUUACAAAGCCUGUACUGAAAGCUGAACAGCCACAGCCUAAAAAGGUCAUUUCUUUACCAGAAGAACCCAGUGAACUAGAAGAAGGGGUGGUCAGCAUUGCUUUACGGUGUCCUAGUGGGCGUGUUUUUAAAAGACGGUUUUACAAGUCUUACAGUUCUCUUGUAUUGUUGGACUGGAUGAUGAAAAUUGGAUACCAUCCUGUAUUUUAUACAAUUUGCACAUCAAUUCCUAAAUCUUAUCUUGAACCGAGAAAAGAUUUUACAUUGGAGAAUAUCGGCAUUACAAAACAUACAGUUUUGAAUGUUGAAGAAAAAGAUGUACUGUAAUAUAUGAACCUAAUACUGUUGUGGCCCUACUUGGGGUUCAACAAGCCCUACAAAAUUGUAUUUUUGAUACUGGACUGCGGCAGACUAUCCUGCUGCGAUAUCAGCACAUGACACUAGAGCUGGGGCCAUUUACACAAUUCAGGUCUAUUUGGCACCUUUGUAAAUGUGUGAAAAAAAUCACAUAAUAAGCUGGCAUUCCAUAAUACUAUUACUUGCUGGCCUUGUCAAUUCUGAUUGUAUCACUUUCAAUGUUCAAGUAUGCAUUUUUUUUUAAUAAACUGGUAAAGAUCUAAAUGUGUUAUUUGGCUUGAGCAUGAUUUUACUACAACAGUUUGUGAUGAUUUUAUUUCCAGAAUUAAAGUUUGUUUAUUUGUUA